AUGACAUCCGGUGAAUACAAAUGUCAGGAUUGCGACACGUCGUGUGGUGGGAUGUGCAAUGGAGUGACUGGUGUUUGCACUGGAUGUAUAACUAAUCAUGUUCCAACAUUAGUACCAACCCAAUACUGUAUUCAAUGCUCAGUUUUCGAUGUCAAUUGCAUGACUUGCAGCACCGGGAAACGGGAGUGUACAACAUGUCGAACACAAGGAAUGUACCCCGAUGAAACAAAUAAAACAUGUACAUCAUGCAGUUCAACAUGUGACGGGUAUUGUAGCCAAACGACAGGGUAUUGCGAGAAGUGUAUGAAUAACUAUGUAUUUACACAACCCCCGGGAAAAUUGUGUGUGCCUUGCAAAACAUUUGAUACAAACUGCAAUUUGUGUUCGUCUGAUUACACACGAAAGUGUAUCAUGUGUGGGAAUGGAUAUUACCCCAACGAGAGUGGAACAUGUGUAUCAUGUACGACAAACAACUGUGCUCAGUGUGACUCAGCAUCAGGUAUAUGUUCUGUGUGUGAAACAAACUAUGUUUUUACCAAUCCACCCAGUAAAACGUGUAUUCGGUGCAAAGCCUUUGACAUUCAUUGUAACAUGUGUUCAUCUUCGUUUGAUCAAAGAUGUAUUCAGUGUGACGUUAAUUACUACCCUGAUACAAAUGGCAUAUGUAAAAGUUGUGACCAAACAUGUGGUGGACGUUGCAACACAUUAAAUGGAAUAUGCACAUCAUGUUUAACACAAUAUGUUUACACCGAACCAAAAUCAAUCCUUUGUGUAAAUUGUAGUUCCUUCGAUUCAAGUUGUUUGAGUUGUUUAAACUCUCCUGAAAGAAUCUGUUCAAUAUGUACAACAGGCAAAUAUGUCCUUUCCAAUGGAAGGUGUGGAAAUUGUGAUUUAACGUGUGGUGGAAAAUGUGAUCAACACAAUGGGAUGUGUACGGGGUGUGAGAAUAAUUAUGUUAUGUAUUCAACAAGCAGUUUAACAUGUCAAAGUUGUUCUGCUUUCGACGCAAAUUGUAGUGCUUGUGCGACAGACUAUUCUCGAAAAUGUAUAAAAUGCAACGCAGGGUUUUACAUUGUAAAUGGUCUUUGUCAAAAAUGUGACAGUACAUGUAAUAACCGAUGUGAUACAAACAGUGGGUAUUGUACUGGAUGUAUUCAGAAUUUUAUUAAAUCUGAAACUAACCCCAAACAAUGUGUUGAAUGCAAAACACUUGAUAACAAUUGUGACAUUUGUGAGUCAUCUGGUGAGAGAAAGUGCAACACUUGUACAAAUUACACAUACGUCGAUACAACAACAUUUAAAUGUGUGCCGUGUCCAACUGAAUGUAAAAACUGUAAUGGACAAAAUGGGAUAUGUACAAGUUGUGCAAACAAUUAUGUUAUGAAAUUAAAUGAUCCGUCAAAGUGUGAAGAGUGUCAUAUAUUUGAUAUCAAUUGUGCCGUGUGUGCGUCUGAUGCUUCACGUAAAUGUGUGACAUGUAACAAUAAUUAUUACCCAAACACUCAAACAUUUAAAUGUCAACUCUGCGAUGAGACUUGUAAUAAUCAAUGUAAUCCAAUGAAUGGGUAUUGCACUUCAUGUUCUAACAAUCAUGUAUUUUAUCCCAACAAAGACCAAUUGCAAUGUCAGAGUUGUUCUGUUUUUGAUCCACAUUGUAAGAUUUGUGCAACAGACUUUUCAAGAAAAUGUGUCGAGUGUAUGAAUGGGUAUUACCCCAAUUUAAGUGGACAGUGUGUGUUGUGUGAUUCAUCGUGUACAGAUAGAUGCAGUACUACUACUGGUAUUUGUACAUCCUGUGUCUCUGGUUAUGUAUUGUACGAAACAAGCAACAUUAAAUGCCAAAACUGCACCGAUUUUGACUCAAACUGUUUAACAUGUUCUUUAACUUCACAGAGAAAAUGUGAUGUUUGUAAAUCAAAUUUUUUCCCAAAGACAAUUGGUGAUUAUCGAUGUCAGAGUUGUGAUAUUUCAUGUGGUGGUAAAUGUGAUGGAGAGACUGGUUAUUGCACUGGUUGCUUAAAUAAUUACGUUUUUUCCUCAUCAAACAAAUCAAUUUGUGAAAAGUGUGACUCUUUCGACAUAAAUUGUGCUACUUGCAACAUCAACAACCAAAGAGAAUGUACGUCAUGUAAUUCGUAUUCAUAUUAUCCCGAUCCGCACUUGAAAACGUGUCGUUUGUGUGACACAAGUUGUACUGGUAAUUGUGGAAAUACUGAUGGGUAUUGUAGGGGAUGUAAUUUUAAUUAUGUAUUCACACAACCCCGAGGAAACACAUGUGUGUCUUGCAAAACGUUUGAUAUGAACUGCAAAAUAUGUUCGUCUGAUUUCACAAGGAAGUGUAGUGAGUGUGAGAAUGGGUAUUACCCAGAUGUGAACCAUAUCUGUGUUCCAUGCAAUACAAUCGAUACUAAUUGUAACACAUGUAAUUCUUCUUCAAAGUAUUGUUCCAGGUGUGCAGACCCAUAUUAUCUAAAUAACCUAAUUUGCCAAAGUUGUCCAGUAGGAACAUACAAAAACACGGAAACGUCUUGUGAGUUGUGUUACAAUGGGAUACCAAAUUGUCAAAUAUGUACCAUAACAUCAGUAAAUGUGCCAAUUUGCACAUCAUGUUUUGCACCAUAUUCGUUAAAUGUAAAUACAAGACGAUGUGAGUUGUGUGGAAAUUUUAAUUAUUUUAACAAUAUAACAAAAAGUUGUCUUAAAAACAUGAUAAACUGUACAACUGAAAUAAGUAUAGAGAAAUGCUUAAAGUGUUCAAGUGAUAACUUUUUGUUGAACGGAAAAUGCCAAAGCACUUCAAAAUGUCAGCGCCCAUCACAAUUAUCACUUGUGUCAUGCGACUGUUUCGACCAAAUUUCAAUCAAUUCUGAUUGUAAAGACAAUGCCGCUAAAUGUAAAUACCAGAAAGUGACAAAUAUAGGUUCAACGUGUUUGGUAUGUGAAGAUAAUAAUAUAAUGACAGACAGUGGCUGUAUCACAAUCACAAAUGGAGAGUAUAUCCGCAAUGAUAAGAGGUAUUCCUGUGGAGAAAAUAAACAUUUGACUACACAAAAUAUUUGCGAAAAAUGUGAUCAAUACACUUCAAUUUGUUCUCUAUACAACAAUACGGUUUACGCACUUUCGUGUAAACAAAAUUCGAUUUAUAAUGUUGAAAACAAAACUUGCUUACAGGAUGUUAUAUGUAACACCACACUCAAUGGGUUUUGUUCAAAAUGUAUUCAACCCAACACGGAAAUAUACAAAGGAAAAUGUCAACAAUGUACACAUGACAAUUGUGCACUUUGUGAAGGUGGUUUAUGCAAACGUUGUUCUGAAAAUUAUUUGAUGACUUCAUUAAACAAGUGUGUAUUAAAAAGUGAUGUGAGUUGUGUUCGAUCAAGUCAUUUUGGGUGUGUUCAAUGUAACAAUGGCUUUUAUCAAGUUGACAGUAAAAAUAUCGAAGGAAAAUACUCUUUUUGUCUUCCUCUUGUAUCCACAUCAAUACCAAAUUGUAAACAUGCAACGUUGCAAACAAGAAAAUGUGUGGAAUGUCUUGAUUCUUUUAAACAGAGAAAUGGAGUGUGUGCAGAGUUUUUUGAAGAAAAUUUGAUAUCAUCAAAAAUAGUAUUUCACAAUUCUGAAAAACAAAUGAAUUUGUUAUCAACAAAUCAAAACUUUACUGAACAAUUCGUAAAAAAUACAAACGAAACGAAUAUCAAUUACAAUUUAGAAGAUAAAAAGAUGACACAUAGAAAGAGUGUAAUUGAAACAAGUUGUCUGGAUAGAACAAAUAAAGGAUGUCAACGAUGUUCAUUUGGGUAUUAUCUAGAACAUACCAAUAUUAAUUGUGUGCAGUGUUCAUCAAAUUGUGAAAGUUGUUACAAUACAACAUAUUGUAUUUCUUGUAAAAAUGGGUAUUAUCUAUCUUCUUCAAAAACGUGUGAAAGUCUUGGAGAGUUGACUUCAAAGUGUUAUUUAACACUUCCAACAGGAGGGGGGUGUGCUAUUUGCAAUGAUGGGUUUUAUAAACAAGAAAAAGAUUGUACGACAUGUGAUGCAUCGUGUUCAACAUGUCUUGACAGUGUUUCGUGUUUAGUAUGCAAUGAGUCGUAUUACAAGAUUGUCAACAGUGAAACCAAGUUGUGUCUUCCUUUUGAUAAUUUGAUAAACUGUGAGAACAAAACCGCGAUAGGUUGUGUUAUGUGUUCAAAGGGGUAUUAUUUACAAAAUUAUAUGUGUCACUCAUGUUCUUCAAAUUGUUCUGAAUGUCAAAAUUAUGACUUUUGUGAGAAAUGUUCAUCUGAUGAAUUUGUUUUAAUCAACUCCCGGUGUACACACUAUUCAAAAAUCGAGUUUUGUAUGUCAGCUUCAAAUUCGAAGUGUAUUCAAUGCAGUGGUAGACAUGAACCAUCAACCGAUGGUGAUGAAUGUUUGGAUUCAGUUUACUUAGGAGUUGUCAUUGGAGUUCCACUUUCACUUGUAGUUGUGUUGAUAUUAAUAGUUUCCAUUAUCAUUGUCUUGAUCUACUUUUUAUUAAUGAAAAAGCAAGAAGAAGUGAAGAUGAGAAACAUUUGUGUAUUCCCAAUGAAACGUUCAAAUGUUGAAAUGAUUCAAUUAAACAAUGAAACGUGCGACUUGUGUUGCAAUAAAAAAGUGAUUAAAUUUGAUUUGGAAAACACCGAAGACACGCCUAUAGACGUUGAUGCCGAGACAAGAGACUUGAUAUGUAUUGGAAAUACGUCGAAACACGAUAUAAAAGUGCAAUUCAGUGUUAUAGAAGGGUGUGAUUAUUAUGAAAUAAGAAGUGUUCCACCUCUUGUUAAUUUAAAGCGAGGUGAAGCGUGUGAAUUUGAGAUAUAUAUCAAGCCGUUAUGUUCAUGCGUGAUCGAUGAAGAUAUUAUGGUCAUUGCACUCGACAUCCACACUUGUAAACAAACAAACGAAAAAAUCAAAGUCUCCGCCAAAACAAAGAAGUCAACAAAACUGAAUUACAGAGAAUUAGAAGAAACAAAGAAAAUAGGAGAAGGCAGUUUUGGUAUUGUUUACAAAGGACUUUUUAAAGAGAAAAUUGUUGCAAUUAAAAAAUUAAAAAAUGCGAACACGACAAAACAGGCACUCGAUGAAUUUGACAAGGAAGUUUCGAUGUUAGACAAAUUCAGAAACGACUUUGUUAUCCACUUCUAUGGAGCGUGUUACAUCCCAAGUCAUAUUUGUAUGGUUACGGAAUUUGCAGAACAUGGUAGUUUGGCUGAUAUGAUUUACAAAGAAAAAGAAAUUGACUUAAAAAUGAAAAUCAAAUUUAUGUUGGACUGUGGAAGAGGAGUGGCUUAUUUACAUGAGAAUGGGAUAUUACAUAGAGACAUCAAGCCGGAUAAUAUACUUGUGAUUACACUCGAAAAGAACAUCAAAGCUAAUGGCAAGUUGACUGACUUUGGAUCAUCAAGAAACAUCAACAUGUUGAUGACAAACAUGACUUUCACAAAAGGGGUUGGUACUCCAAAAUAUAUGGCUCAAGAAAUUUUGAAUAAACAACAUUACAAAAAAUCGGCGGAUGUUUUCUCUCUUGCAGUGACUUUUUAUGAGACACUUGUAUGGGGCGAAAUAUAUCCUUCAUCAAUGUUUAAACAUGCGUGGUCAAUAGCUGAUUUUGUAUCCGAAGGAAAAAGAAGACAAUGUCUGGAAAACAUGAACCAAGAUGCUUAUGAUAUCAUUAAUAAAAUGUGGGAUCCAAAACAGGAAAACAGACCUACAAUUAACACAAGUGUUGACUCAAUGCAACAAUUGUUUAACACUCACUUGCUAAUAGGUAUAAACUUUCUUUAA